AUGAUCCGGCAGAUCAAGAAUCAAGUCAAGACCAGGGCGCGUCGACGUCGAUUCCAUGGCGCUAUCCAAGAGAUCGAGCGGAAACUCCGGGCUGACACGGCCGGUAGCGAGAUACCCUCCAUCUCAACAGAUCAAUCCAAUGAAGAAGAUCCGGUCGACGAAGAUGGGAUACAAGAUUCCCCGCAAAUCCUUUCGAACCAUGUCCCGCCGGUCGAUAUGGGGGACGAUUCUGAUCUCCACUACAUUAUGAUAUACAUUGACCAUAUCUUCCCUAUACUCUUCCCAUUCUAUCGACCGACUGUCCUUGAGGGUGGGCGCUCUUGGAUGUUGGCCAUGUUUCUUAACCACAAGACGAUGCGUUGCACCACCCGAGCCCUGGCAGCACAUUUCUUAGCCAUCGUUCCUUGCCGACCAACGCCCGUACCACUAAACUGUGCCUCUGCGGCACAUGAGGACGGUCGAGAGCAAACAACAUCAGCCAUCAGACAACUACAAGAAGACCUCGGGGGCCUGAUCGAGGGGGGUCCAAUGACUACGCCAGAUAACGUAUUGCGAGAAACCAAGGUACUAAACGGAGUUGUGCACAUGCUCAACGCCGAAAAGAUCCUGUCGGUAGCGUAUGGAACUCCUUCCUGGGCAAUAGUGCUGAAUGGACUGCGUACGUGUGCAUCAGAGUCGAUGUACCCAAUCUGGAACGCGGAUCAGGCUGCGUUUCGCUUUUCCGUUGGCUCGCUCUUGAUAGAUGACAUCCUAGCAAGUGUGUCUCUCGAAACUGCUCCGAAGCUGGAACCAUAUUGGGUCGACAUCCUCGGAGACAGUCCCUCAGCUCAGAAUCCGGUUGAUCUCAAUCUGGAGGAUCUGGUUGGCUGCCAGAACUGGGCCAUGCAAGGAGUAGGCCAGGUAUCAGCGCUGGCUGCCUGGAAGAAAGAAAUGGUCCGGGACGGGACGCUACAGAAAUCCGAGAUUAAGCUCCGAGGAUCCAUCAUCGAAAAUCGUAUACGGGAGAGACUGGUGGUUUUCAUGGAGACGACACCUGGGAACGAACCUGAUGCCUCGGACUUUUCCAUUGACACGUUCACAAAUAGGGAAAUUCGCAAGCAUUCUCCCAACGUUACUCUAAUCUGGGCACAUACAGCCCUAGUUUUUCUCCAGGUUGUGGUUUCAGGAUGGUCGCCGUUUGAUUAUCAGGUGCGCGAAUCCGUCGCAAAACUUAUCAAUUUGUUCAGCGAGUUAUCCGACGCUCCCACCGUAUUGCAUACGCUUGCAUUCCCUUUGGCCGUCGCUGGUUGUCUAGUGACAGGGUCUAAUGAGGGUCGAUUCCAGACCAUAAUCAAGAGAAUGGGCGCCUUGGCGAACCUCGGAGCAAUGAAAUCCACAGUCCAGAUUGUAGAAAACACAUGGAGAAACCGAGAUCAUGUUGUUGCAGAAUCUCAAACAAUGGCUGUAUGCUUGAAUAGCCUGGGCUACCCGGUUCUGCUGAACUAG